UGAAGCGUGACUCCGCGCACUGUAAUAGGAAGUUCCCCUCCAAAACUUUUAGGAAACAGUCCAGUCCGACCUCCACCAAAUGAACGCCGACACUAUAAUUAUAAUUAUGGGAAAGCUUCUCAGAGAGUGAAGAAGAUGCAUGGAUGCACAAACAGGAACUGAAGGAUUCACUGGUUGAUAUGUACAAAGCUAAUCCUAAAGUCAAUGAAGAACUGAAACAAAGGCUGCCGUCCCCUGUAAAGCACCAUUGUUCAGAGACCACACCACAACUUGGAUCCUCUUUAGGAGGAACUACUUCAUCUACAUCCCAAUGUCAGAGUUUAUCAAAAGCCCUGGAGGAGAAACUCACAGAAGUUUCUAAGACCCCCAGGCCCAGAGAAGGUUUGAUGCUCAGACUCCCUCCACCCCCACCCGUGCCAGGCCCAGUUGCAGCUGAAGUGAGAAUCAUGGAGGAGGAGAGACGGUCCUCACAGAGACCUGCAGCACAGCAGGAGCAGGAUAUUAACGAGACAGCCAGCAGUCCGGUCCACACACCUCGCGUCAGCGGGGCAGGGUCUGCCACGCCCAGGCAUGCUCAUGCUCACGAGGACCAGGGAAAUUCCAAAGUUAUCAGCGACUCCAAAAAGCAAGUACCAGUUCUGGAUAAAGAGAAAAACAUUGCCUUUCUCUUAAAGGAGCUGGAUUCCCUUAGAGACCUCAAUAAGAAGCUCCAGGAGAAGUUGGCGCUGAAGGAGAAGGAGUUGGAAACCAAGCUUCUGGACUCACAGCUACAGGAGGCCGAGCUGGAGGCACAUGCCAGUGAGAGAGCUGCAGCAUUAGUCGAGGAAAUCUAUAAGGCUCAGAGGGAGAGAGACCAGGCUGUGAUGGCCAGACUGCGUCUGGCUAACGAGGAGAGGGAUGAAGCUUUACUUCGGGCCAAGAAGCUUCAGGAGGCGACGCUGGAGCUGGAGAAUAUUAAACCUGAAGAAAGUGAUGUGGACCUGGAAGAGUUGUUGAACCGGGUUAACAGCGCAGACUCUGCCCUUGUUAUCGAGCAGAGCGGGGCGGCCAUCAUUGAACAGAUCCAGAGGGCCAGAGAGCGUCGCUCCCAGAUCACCUCAGAGGAGAUGAAAGCCAUCAUAGAGGAAAGAGACGCUGCUUUAACCAGGUGCAAGCGUCUGGAACAAGAGCUGCUUCGUGUGAAAGAGCCGUGCCAUAAUUCUGCAAACAGCACCCGCCACCUGGCUGCCCAAAACAAUCGGGAACGAGCGAGCAAGCUUGAGGAGGAGCUUCAAGAGGCCCAGAGAGAACGAGAUAAAACCCUGCUGCACAGUCACACAGUGGAAGAGGAUCUGCAAACCUUACGCAGGUAUCACAGUGUGCUACAGCAUCAGGCUGAUGAGACCAGUCUGGACAGACCUGCCACCUCAAACCAGAGCCAGACCCAGAUUCAUCCCCUGCUGCACCGUCUGCAGCAGCUGACGUCAGAAUUUCAGAGCGCUCAGACCCAGCUGUGUCUGACCCAGGAGAGAGAGAGGGAGGCCAAUGAGAAAGUGCAGAGGUUGGAGCGGCUGGUGGAGGUGUUACGGAAGAAAGUGGGCACUGGCAGUGUCCGGAAAGUCAUCUGACUGACUGGCCGUCGGGCGACCCGAGCAGACGGCCACAUCUGGUGACCAGGCUGCAGCGUUUAACUCUGAGCAAACAGCCCAAGCCUGGCCUGGGCAAACACAGGCUGGAAGUGGCAUUCUUUCUCUCAGCCCUGUUCUCAUUCCAGCCCAGGCUCAGAAACGCCAUCGUAAAUGUUUAACCACAUUCUCUCUGCAGUCACCAAUGAAACUACUGCUGCCAGCCCUUUACCUCCACACUCUUAUCUGCUACUCCAAAGGUUUUCUUUCUUUCAUUCUUUUUUUCUCUCCUCUCGGUCGAUUUUUACUUGCAGUGUGACGUUAAGUCUGGUUAAACAAGGGAGAUUUGAUUGGACGAUUACUUUGUGAGGUACUGAGACUUUAUUUUUCAUAGAAAGCCAGCUAUUUUUGGACAAAGCUGGGAUUUGGGGAUGGACAAAUUGGACUAUAGAUAUUUGACAUUUUUCCCAAAUUAAUAAAGGGAGUUAUAGCAACAAUAUACAGUGUAUCA